AUGGGCAAACAUAUUACUGAGAAUCCUAGAAUAUUAGCGGAUAUUGUAGAGCCGGAGAAGAAGAGGAAAAAUCAUGAAAUGAGUGAAUGUUGUGUGGUAAUGGGAUCAUCAAAGUCCAACUGCAAGGAACAACAAUUACUGGAAGCGGCUGCUUUCCAUUUGAUUCUACUCAGCAAUCCUCUCCAACAAUCUUAUGAUUCCGAUGAUGGCUGUACUGGUAAUAGUGGUAGUCACGAUGUUGGGUUCAGGAUGAUCAUGGGGAAGAAGAAGAGGAUUCAAGAAUAUGGACUAGAAGAUAUUAAUGUUAAACCUAAGAAUGAUAGAGAUGUAAAAUCAGUCACUUCUUCUUCAUCAUCAUCUUCGUCCGCUGAAACCAUAAAAUCUGGGAUAUCGAGUGUAUCAAUGGAGGAGAAUGAAGGAAGAGUUCAAAGACUACAACAUCAUCGAUUGCGAUCCAUAGUUGAUAUUUACCAUGUCACUAGGCGGCUUUGA